GAAAACCGAGCCAGCAAACGACCAAAACUCAAUGUUGAUGCUCGUUGUUUGACGUCGAGGGAGGGUAUGGAGUUGGCAGAGAAACAACACAAUGAAAGAGAGGCAGAGGUGCAAAAGAAGAAUGAGGCACAAGCUGCACGCGAUGCCAAAGAUGCAGAACGGCAGGAAAUCCGUCGUACAAUGGGCCCGACAACAGUUUUCACUGGGUCAUUGAAUUCAAAGCUGAAAGACGAUUUGAAAGAUAUUGCGUUUGUAUUAGGGCUUUCUCUUGAAGGAAACAAAGACGAAUUGAUUUUGUCUAUCAAGUCCCAUUUCGGCUCCCAUCCUAACCUUUCUGAAGACCCGCGAUAUCGAGGUCUGUUUGGACGAACUCGCACUACUCUCGCUGCUCCACCACAUCCUCCAGCAUCUACUUUGAAC